AUGGUCGGGAAGACAGACCAACCUAACCCUCCCUCCCUCCUUGGGGAAGUCUCUCGUCGAAAGGAGUCAGGUCUGCUAGGCAUCUGCGGUUCGCUCACAGCUCAGCUGUCAGAACAAGACCGAUCAUAUCAUCACCAGCGGAACCCCUCGGACUCCCCCCUCCCCCAACCGGGUGCCGCACAGCCGACCACCGACGCAGUCGAUAGCCGGCCCUGA